GCAGCAGCACUAGCAAGUCGCAGCCGGCGGUAGUGUGUGUGUAGCUGUUGGCAAAGAGAUAGCGAACCUAGCGAAGGAAGGGUGGCCUUUUCCCCGUCAAAGAUAAUUUAUCUCCGGUCCAUGUGCUUUGCUGACUAAAAUGCUGAUCAAGGAAUUCCGUGUCACUCUUCCCCUCACCGUCGAAGAGUACCAGGUGGCACAACUUUACUCUGUCGCUGAGGCGAGUAAAAACAAUACAGGAGGUGGAGAAGGAAUAGAAGUUUUGAAAAAUGAGCCAUUCACAGACUAUCCGUUGCUUGGAGGAAAGUACUCUUCAGGGCAAUACACGUAUAAAAUCUACCAUUUAGCAAGCAAAGUGCCAGCAUUCAUCCGUCUCUUGUUACCAAAAAACUCUUUGGAAAUACAUGAAGAAGCGUGGAAUGCUUAUCCCUACUGCAAAACAGUGAUAACUAACCCAGGAUACAUGAAGGACAAUUUUAUUAUUAUGAUUGAAUCGUUCCACAUUGGAGAUGUAGGAAACCAAAAUAAUGUGCACGAAUUACCUGCUGAUAAAUUGAAAAUUCGAGAAGUUGUUUACAUAGACAUAGCUAAUGAUCCAAUAGCAAGUGCCGAUUAUAAGGCGGAUGAAGAUCCAUCUACGUUCCAUUCCAAAAAGACAGGCCGAGGGCCGCUGGUUGGCAAGGACUGGAAAAAUAAUGUUCAGCCUGUAAUGACUUGUUACAAAUUAGUAACUUGUGAGUUUAAGUGGUUUGGUCUGCAGACCCGGGUUGAAAACUUUAUCCAGAAGGCGGAAAGACGUUUAUUUACCAAUUUCCAUCGACAAGUCUUCUGCUGGAUGGACCGUUGGUCAGGAUUAACAAUGGCAGACAUUAGGGCCAUUGAGGAUAAUACUAAAGAAGAAUUAGAUAGACAACGACACCAAGGCGAAGUACGAGGUAUGCGGGCUGAAGAUUGAGACAUUGGUGCUCACUUAUGGAUAAGUUUAAACGAUUUCACUAUAAACACACAUAGGUAUAUACAGCUGUACUUGGUUUCUGCGACCGUGGCUGUUUUCAGAUUUUUUCUGUCUAGAAUACAGCAAUGCAUGUAUUAUUAUUAUUACCACCAUUUUAAUUUAUUUAUAUUUACAAGUGUUUUAGAUAGAUGUACCUAUUGUCAAAGAUUACUAUUAUUAAUAAUAUAAAAUAUUAAAUCUGGGGGGCCCUACUAAAGUAAUAAUUGUUUCAAAUGGGGUUUGAUGGCAACCAAUAUAAACAAUUAAACAACAAUAACAACAAUAAUAAUAAUAAUAAUAAAUAGCAUAGUAGCUGGAUAAUAUUAAUUAUAAACGUUCGUUAACAAGCAAUCAACAAAGGCUUGUGUGAGUGCAGGGUGCUCAAAAGUUGUAGCACUGUCUGAAAAUCGUAGUCAAAUAUUUAAAAAAAAAAGAACCUACCGCUUAUAAAACUGUCAGCCUAGUCCAUUUAUAGUAAUGAAACAAGUGUUCAAGGUAAAUUAAUCGUAAAAGAAACAAAAAUAUAUACAAGUAAUGUUCUGCAUUCAACGGUCGUAAAACGAUUUGUGAGCAUGGCUCAAUAAAUACUGUUCUAGCAGCUUUCUAUUUCGUUUUUUCGAUUUUCAUCCAUACUACGUCCGAAAAUUCAUUUCGAGCAGAAUAGAUUUAAAUAUUACAAUCUUGCCACUUUCAAUACGUUUUAUAACAGUGUGAACUUAUAAAAUUCCAUUUAAUUUGCCAAGUUUGGCCAUGCGAAACUGAUAUUAUGCCAUGACAAAUGAAUACUUUGUUCCUACAUAAUAAUGGGUAUACCUGAUGAGAUUUUUAUCUCCUAAAUUAUAUGCUCCAGGGUUAAUAGACAAUCAGUUGUUGUAUUUUUUGUUUUUAUGAAUUCAUCACGUUCGGUGCUUUUUACUUUAUCAUUCUUUCUUCCUCCGGUUAAAGCACAUCACACAUAUUUGAGUUCUGUUUUGAAAAUGUCGCCUUAGAUGAUUUUAUUUGUCAACUUGACAAUUUGUUAUUCUUUGCCAGACUUUGUUAUCAGCUUCGAUCUUUUGAAAUAUCAUACCUAAAAUUAUGAAAAAUUGUCAACGAUUGAAUGCAAAAAAUUAACAAUUAUCAAGUGACAGAGUGAUAGUAUUGAAAUUUAUCGCUCACUUCUUUCCAACAAUUGGUUUGUUCAUUACGAAAAUAUUUUUAUCAUCUGAUAUGUUGGAAACUUUUUUAUCGAACUGUUGUUUUCUUACAUUUGUUUUCAUACACGACUUCUCUCUUCAAAGUCUUGAAUAUAAUUAUGAUGACGUUGAAAAGUGGUGAAUGCAAGCUAUUUGCAUUUUGCUAGGCUAAAUAGUUGAAUGUAUUUGCUGGCUUAUUUUUUGGCAUUUGACUACGAUCCUAAAACCACAUUACCACUACCAGUUGUAUCUUGAAGGUAUAAAUAUGAAUUAUUCUAUGUAAACUGAACGAAUUGAGAUAUACUAUAUAAUACUAUAUAUAUAUAUAUAAAUAAUUUUAGCUGUCUGUCGAUAAAUGCUAUGGAAAUAAUUAGGUAAUUGAAAUUUUGUCAGCAGUAGACGAAUGAAGGAAGGGUGUACUGUACAUAAAAGAAAGUACAGUGAAAUUCAAAAUAUUAUUACAUAGUGAUUUGCGUACAUUAGGGUGUUUCACAUUUAAAAAAUUUUCACAUGUUCUAUGGGCGCAUGCAAAAAAUGCUUGUUUAUAGACUAAUAAGAGGUCUCAAAAAGACUGGGAACUGUAGUACCAGUUUUAGGAUGUACAAAAAUUGUUUUUCCAAAAAAGUGACAAAUCGAUAUUGGUUUCCUUUUAACAUGUAUUAUAUCUUUUAUAAUAAUACUAGCUAACCUGGCAGACCUUGUCUUGCCUUUUCCGGUAGGUACGCGAUAAUGUAUUAACAAUAUGCAAAAUAAGUUAACACUCACCAGAAGGUAGAGAUAUAAUAUUAUAAGAAUGAAAAUGAUGAAAAAUUUUAGUAUCCCUCUAUAUCAGCAUUUAUUUGUAAUGCACGUUAGAUAAUUUUUUUGGGUCAUACUGCAUUUUCCUUGUUAAAAUAUAAAAGAGAUAAUAUGUGUUGAACGGAUGCUAAUAUCAGUUUUUCAGUUUUUUACAAAAAACUUGUUUGCACACUCUAAAACUGGUUUUACAGUGCUCAGUCAUUUUUUUUAAGACUAGAAGCAAGCAUUUUUUGCAUGCGCCUGUCACAAAGCCGAAAAUUUUUUAAAUGUCAAACUCUAACGUACAAGUAAUGUUUGUUAUUCGACAUAACUUUAACUCUACGCGUUAUAGGAAAUUGCUUAGAACAUUGUUCGAUAACAGGCGAUUUUAAUUUUCUUUUUCUUAGGCAUACUAAUGUCUUAUUAAUGUGCUAUAACGUAAAUGACUGAUUGUACUUCAGAAGAUAACUAUGCUGGCAGAUAUAACGAUGUGAUGUAUUAUAAAAAUGUAGAAAAAAUAUGAAGGAGCGUCACCUUUGUUUUUAUAACUCAUUAACUUAGUCUAUGCUAUGCUGAAUAUUUGUUGACAAAGCGUGUUGUCUAAUAAAUUUCAGUCAACCAAUGAAUGUAAUCUUUUUGGACAUCUUCGGUUAACUUCCUGUUUCAUGUAAUACUUUUUACUUUGAAAUUUGUUUUAGCACAUCUCUGUUAGCGCGCAAAUAUACUACGUAAUUUUAAUAUAACUUUGAAUUAAAAAGUAAUGCUUUGAAAGUAAGGUGUCGGUUUGGUUCAGUAUAAAAAAAAAUUGACUCAGUUAUUAUUACUGUAAAAUGGCUGACUGGGAAUAUUAAGUAACAAAAAAAUUUCAAAAUUAAAUAGAAUAAUGCCUGGUUAAUUAUUUACGUUAGAUAAAGAUAUCAUUGAAUACCAAGCAACAAUAUUUGCCCAAAAUGUUAACAAAUAAGACUGCUGGCUAGCUGCAAAAUAAUAUAUGAUUUACAAAUUACUACGUUGCUUGAAGCAAAUUGUUGCUGUAUAGAUCUCUACAUAAUUUGAAUUUCACUGUAUAUAUAUAUUAUAUAUAGCUACAUAUUACUUUUGUCCUAAUUCUACCUAAUUGUUAAUGAGAAGCUAGUUGUUACCCAUGAGAAAAAAAAUUAAGAAAUUGGGAGGGAAAUCCUGUAGCGCUGCCAAAGGCCCUGAAGUACCCAUAUGUGUUGGACAAGUCACGAGGUCAAUACGCUAAUAAAAAUAGAGAUACUGCAAUGUAUAAAAUUUAUUGAUCCUGUCAAUAUACAAAAAUAUGCAUAGACAUUUGUUAUCAUAAUAAUUAUGUUUCUAUACUAGGUGUAUUACAGUUCAAUAUAAUUAGCGACAUCAGUCUGUGUUCCUUGGCAAUGCUUAGAGUGUGUAAAAAUGUAUCCCACUUUCAGUUUGCUGUUUGUAUGAAUUCAACAUUUUGUUAAAUAAUUCACUCAGGUGAGUGUACAGAAAAUAUUCAAAGAAAUUUUCACUUGCUCAGCAAUAUCCAAAAUACCGAAAAUAAAUACAUUAUGAAUUUGAAUAGCUGCAAGAAUGAAAGUUCAGUAGAUCUAUUGAAUAUACAAGAAUUUUAUUCCGUAUACGUGAUAAAUUUAUGUAUUUAUUUACAUAUGCUCUGACCCAUGUGAAACAUUUGUUAAAUUUCAGUAUAUUCAGCACUAGGAUCAAAAGGAUAUUGCAGAUAAUUUUUUCUUAUUUACAAACUUUAUUAUUUGCUGCAAUUUCUAAAACCAGUGCAAGUAUAAAAGUACAGGUUACAACUCAACAUCUAGAAUUCACUGCUCAGCAAUUCGCAAACUUAUUUAUUUGCAGUAAGUCGCAAUGAACGUACUAGUAAUUAUAUGUGUACAUAAUUUUGAUUGUUUAAUUACUAAAACGUCAUGGUUUCAAAUCAUCAGUACCCAAGUAUACCUGUAGUUAUUAUCAAAAUUGAUUAGUUACGAAAAUCGAAUACACUACACUUUGACAUGUUGUGUGGUGUUAUUCCAGAUUUAUAACGUGACGCGUAGGGUAUUUCCAAAGU